ACCUCUUCUUCUUCUUCUAUUACAUUCCAAGUUUCUGAUAACAAUGGCUGUUGCUUCUGUUUCUAAUAUAAAAACUAACAUCUAUCUGUAACACUCCCCAAACAUUCAUGCCUAUCAGAAGAAACUGUUGCCCUCUUCAGACAAGAAUUUGGAGCUAGCUACCAUCUCCCAUGGAGGGAAAGAAGAGCUGCAGGUUCCUCCAUGGAACGCUUGAAGCUACCAUCUUCCAUGCAACUCCUUACAAACCUUCCUUACUCGAUUGCAUAUUGGGAGGAGAAAAGCAAAGCUACGUGACCAUUGAAAUUGACAAUAAGAAAGUAGCAGAGACAAGCCACCAAUUUGACCGUGUGUGGAACCAAAGCUUCCAGAUCCUCUGUGCUUAUCCAUCUGAUUCGACCAUCACCAUUACACUGCAUACAAAGCUCUCUGUCUUGGGAAAGAUACACAUCCCAACCAAGAGGAUCUUAGAUGACGAAACUCUGAUAGAUGGUUUCUUUCCUCUCCUCACAGAGAAGGGAAAGCCAAAUCUGGAGCUCAAACUGCGUUUCAUACUAUGGUUUAAGCACGCAGAACAUGUACCCAGUUGGCGCAGGGUUCUCAGUCACAAUGAAUUUCAGGGAGUUAAAAACGCUACAUUUCCUCUACGCUCCAACUGCAGCGUCAUGCUCUAUCAAGAUGCUCACCAUUGCCCCACCUUUGAGCCUCCAGUCUGUCUUCCCGGGGGGCCAAGGAGGCUGUGGGAGGAUGUAUACAAGGCCAUUGACGGAGCAAGGUACUUGAUAUACAUCGCAGGCUGGUCCUUCAAUCCUAAGAUGGUGCUGGUCCGAGACCCCAGAACUGAACUCGUACACGCAAGGGGAGUACAGAUUGGACAAUUGUUGAAACGAAAAUCAGAGGAAGGGGUAGCUGUGAGAAUCAUGAUUUGGGACGACGAAACAUCCCUACCAAUUAUCAAGAACAGGGGAGUGAUGAAUACCCAUGAUGAAGACGCCUUCGACUACUUCAAGCACUCCAAGGUGGUCUGCAGACUGUGUCCCAGGCUACACCAUAACUUCCCUACGCUCUUUACCCACCAUCAGAAAACCAUCACUGUGGACACCGAAGCGCGUUUUCUGGACUCAGCUAGUGAGGAGGAUGAGAGCAACGAUGAAAUCUAUACCGGUUUCAAUGGCGGAGACAGAGAAAUCAUGAGUUUUAUUGGUGGGUUGGAUCUUUGCGACGGGCGCUAUGACACAGAGGAGCACUCCUUGUUUCGAACACUUAACAAAGAAUCACAUGCUCUUGAUUUCUAUCAAAUAAACAUUCCUGGAGCUAGUCUUCACAAAGGUGGGCCAAGAGAACCCUGGCAUGAUGCUCAUGCUUGCAUCGCCGGAGAAGCUGCUUGGGAUGUAUUGACAAACUUCGAGCAACGAUGGACUAAACAGUGCGAUCCAUCUUUGCUCAUUCUCAUUAGCACCAUUCCGAAUAUCGUUCAUCGUCCUUCUCAUAAGAACCUACCCUCUGCUGGAGACUGGAAAGUCCAGGUCUUCCGAUCCAUUGAUCAUGUAUCAGCAACAUCUUUGCCAAUGGGUGUUUCACUGGAGCAGAGUAUCCAUGAAGCCUAUGUAGAAGCAAUUCGGCGUGCAGAGAAAUUUAUUUACAUCGAGAACCAAUAUUUUAUGGGCAGUUGCCAUUUGUGGGAUACAGAUAGACACAGUGGUUGCGGUAACUUGAUCCCUGUAGAGAUUGCAGUCAAGGUGGUGAAUAAAAUCAAAGCAAAGGAGAGAUUUGCCGUGUACAUUGUGAUACCCAUGUGGCCCGAAGGAAUACCAGAAAGUGAAUCAGUUCAGGAUAUGCUGCAUUGGACUAGACAGACAAUGGCAAUGAUGUAUAGGUUGAUUGCAGAAGCCAUUCAAGAGAGUGGUGAGUCUGCACAUCCUAAGGACUACUUGAACUUCUUCUGCCUGGCCAAUCGAGAGCAGAAGAGUUCAGGAGAGUUUGUGCCUCCAUAUUCUCCUCAGCCUUCAACUCACUACUGGCAUUCCCAGAAGCAAAGGAGGUUUAUGAUUUAUGUCCAUUCCAAAUUCAUGAUAGUGGACGAUAUGUAUAUGAUAAUAGGUUCUGCCAAUGUGAACCAACGAUCCAUGGAUGGAGGGCGAGACACAGAAAUUGCAAUGGGAUGCUACCAGCCCAAACAUGUUACUAAUGGAACUCAUGGAGAUAUACAUGCAUAUCGCAUGUCACUGUGGUAUGAACACACCGGGCGCAUCGAAGAAUCAUUCCUCGAAGCCCAUAGUUUGGACUGUGUAAGGAGAAUCAAUGCAAUAGGAGAGGAGAUGUGGAAUAUAUACAGUGGAAACGAGAUAAUAGACAUGAAAGGUGUUCAUCUGGUAAAUUACCCUGUGACUGUGUUGAGUGAUGGCUCUGUUUUGGAUCUUGUUGAAGGUGGUGGUUUAUUCCCCGACACCAACACCCCUGUCAAAGGAAAGAGGUCAAUGGUUCUACCACCAACUUUCACCACAUAGUCAUAAUCACCAGAUAGCUAGAGUAUACAUAUGCACUAACAGGAUUAAUCUGUUGUAACCAUUCAAUACAAAUUUUAGGCAUUCUAUUGGCAAAUAAAAGAUCAAACACGAAAAGUAUAACUAUAUUAUUCAUGUAUAUAGGUCACUGAUUUAUCAUUGGUUUGAUGUUGUACGGUUGUACCAUAAUAAAAGAAUGAGUUGAAUUCA